GUGUAUGAAAGCCCUAUGAUUUCUUGUAACGAGAAUCUACGAGAAAAUGAGAGACUUAAGAUACUCGAUUCUGAUUGGUUGCCUGGACCACGGGGAAGUUUAAAUAACCACUGGGAAUUUUGCGAGCAGCCGACGACGGAGUUUGUGAACGCUGAUGUGUUAUUUUCAUCUUCAUUUUGUUCACUAAAUGGAUUUGUUUUUGGAAGCCAUGACAUGAGUGACAACGCAAUGUCUGACCGAGUGGAGCUCUCAGAAGCCCUACGCAGCAUCCUGGAUGAUCCAUACUCGGAGUCCGAGCCAGAGGACCAGAAGGAAAACCUCGUUAAGACGGAAGAUGGAUCGGCGGGGUCCCUCAGAAAUAGGAUAAAAUGCUGUGUCACGCCUAUCAGCAAAGCCCUUGGUUCUAUCCAGAGGACAGGGCACUCCGUGAGGCCUGUCCUUGCAGCCUCUACAGACAGAUCCAACCACGGAAUGAUCCACACCAAGAGGAGGAAGUCUGGCUUUGACGAGGAGCAGUCCCCGCCCAAAAAGCGCCGGCACGCCAACCAUGUCAUCAUACUCCGCCAGCCGAGAAGUAAAGGGAAGCCGCCACAGAAAUCCUCGCCCAAGCCUUCCCCAAACAGGCGAGCACAACCCAUGCCAUCAGAGAGCAAGCAUCCCAGGGGGAACGGUGUCAAACUGAGCCGCUCAAGUAAAGAGUUCACUGUUGAACUGGACAGUGGCAUCGGAGGUACAGCUGCUCUUACGCACUCAAGAAAGUUUGCCAGAGGUUUAAGUACUUGUAAGACCACCCCUCCUCCUAAGUCGGUCCGAUUUGACACUCCGAGUUCGGCCGAGAAGUACUUGGAUGCUGCCAUCGAGAGCCAGAUCAAGACAGAGGUGAGCGAGGAGGAAUUGGAAUCGGGCCUUCCUGUCUUGGACGGUCUUGACCUCACCGCGUCGCCGUUUUGUCACUUCAAGGAUGCUGGCCAGCAGCAGUUGUACUCGGAGUUGGAGGCGUACGAGUCCGGGAGUCUCGAGGGGAAUCAGUGGCCGGCCAAUCAGGAAGAAGCACUGCAGCUGGCGGCCAGCCAGCAUAUGCUGCAGUGCGCCGGUAAUGUCUGUUACAGCAACACGGGCCGGCCGUUCUUACCCGGGGAAACGCCAUUUGGAAGAUGGGUCACAAGAGGGGGCAGUGCGGAUGACAGCCUGACUAACAUCACAUGGCUGAAGAGAAUGUCUGCUCCUGAUCUGGACCCAAACUCACUUCAAACCUCACAGAUGAUCGACCCACGGUUUGAGAGGCCCACCUACUCCUACAGCACGCUGAUCCAGUUUGCCAUCAGCAGCUCCAAGUCGGGCAAGAUGACCCUGCGAGAGAUCUACACCUGGAUCGAGGAGACUUUCCCCUACUUCAAAACGGCCAAGGCUGGAUGGAGGAACUCCAUCCGACACAACCUCUCCCUGCACAAGAUCUUCGUUCGGGAGCCCCCGCUGAGCCACGGCCAGCCCGCCUUCUGGACCCUCCGCCCGGGCACCGUGGUCCACCUCCCGGAACACAGGAUGUUUGUCGCCGACCCGGAGGGCGGUGGCACCCUCUUGGAAGAAGUAGCACCUCCCCCAGUAGCACCGAUUCUGCCGCCCGCGAUGGCAGACCAGCAACAGGGCGGAGUGCCUUAUUUUAUGGGCGGGGCUAUGCCGCCGGUUGUCAUGGUUCCGGGGCUUCCUGCAAGCAUGGCAAGCGCCAAUAACUCCAGGGACUGUAAAGGUCCAGGACCGAAAACAAAGAAACCACCACUAAUCCUUCCCAGAGGUAGCCAGCCAUAUGCACUCAUCCCUGUCCCAAUGCUCCUACCCCCUAACCAGAACGGUGGUCAGACUCCAGGCGACGGCACCCAAGGGGUCCCCCACAUCCUCUCCCCGGUCAUCAUGGGCGGAGUCAGGCGGUUCGCUGCGGCCCAGCGGGUGGUAGGAGGCCGACGAGUGGUCCCGAUCGCCCCCAAGAUGAAUCCUGACGACGGGGCUGCCGCUAUCAAUCUUGGCUGGGGCGAUGGUAAUAGCGCCUCGUCGUGCAACCUCAGCUCCGGUUCCGAUUCCGCCGUCGACCUCAGCGGGCAGGGCUGGACCUCGAGCCUCAUGUCCACCUCUGGAAGCUCUGACAGCUCUGGUAACCCUACGACCCUGAGAAGGGAUCUGCCUUACAAGAAGCAGGGGCACGGCCGCAAGUCGCUGCCCAAAAUCCGCAAGGAGUUGGACGAAACUGAAGCGGAGGACUCCUUCACAGCAUUCUUCGAGCAAGAGCUUGCCUCACCCCCGAAACCCCAACCCAACAAAGGCAUGCCCGUUGUGUCCACUCCUUGCAAAGAGGGCGACCUCCAAACCUUUCUGUCGCCGCUCCGCGGGUUCACCCCGUUUAAGAAUCAAUCCUUAGACCCCGACAGUGGCAUCUUCCAUGAUCUGCACGGCGAUCUCUCCUUCACUCCGCUCCGCACCGGGCUGACGCCCAACUAUAAGGGUUCCCAUCAGAAUGCUGCCAGGGGACAACGGUCAAGGGUCGGGUCACUCGGCGAGUUGGGUCUUCCAGGACUGACCCCGGAGAAGGAAGGCGCGUCCACCAGCGGUGGCAUUCACAACCAGAGCCUUGGCCAGAUCUUUGGGGAUCUGGUUGGGUUGGAUAUGGUGGGUGAUGGUCUAGAUGCUGGGAAUAUUAGCUGGUCCAUGUUCUCCCCAAACAAGCAGCAUGCCAAAUGAGUAUCUAAGAAGGGGGUUCAUUUUUGAAUCAAUUAUCUUGACUCUUUGAGGGUAACCAAUGACCAAAUCCAAAGUAUCUGACAGUGAAUAUUUAUUGUACAACCCUAUUUUCAAUAAAUUUUAUUUUAGUUUUUAUUUACAUACAUGUACAGGCAUGCAAUUUUUCCUCGGAUCAGCUGAUUUCCUCUUUUUUUUUUUUUUCUUUCUUACCAUGUGUGCCACUAAAAUAGACAAACACUGCACAAAGUCUUGGAAAGACUUGAAUUUCCUUUUUUUUUUUUGCGAAUUCCCAGUUGCAUGCCUGCAUGUACACGUGCAGCAACCCGCCAUACUUCAGUAUUUAUUGGGUUCGAAAAUCAAAAGGGGUCUGUAUGUUGACGAUGCGCCAGUUUGGAAUUUCAACUGCGCAAGCGCACAAUGAUAUGUCCCAGGUCAUUUGGGAUGAUCGAACGCUCAUCGAAGGCGCAUGAACGCGCAAGGAGACAGUCACAUGAUGCUUAGGCGUUAAUUACGAGUAGAGUGAGCAUUCGUGUACAAGACGCUCGAGUUGUGUACAAGAUCCUUGACUCCUUGAGUCGUGUCAGCGAUAUUAUACCGAAUGACUUCUGGUCCGGACUACAUGUAUUUUGUCGAGAAAUUGGCUUAUCUUUCAUUCCUUGAUAUCAAACAAAUUGUUAUAAAAAGGCAGUUGUUUAAAAAAGAGAAACAGACUGAAUUAGAAAAACUAUUUGUACAAUUGUACAUUACUGCCUUAUCCCUUUAGCUUGCUAAACAACUCUGUAUUAAAAGAGAUUGGCUGGGAGUUUUUAAGUUUGGUUUGUCAAAGUUAACAAUUUUUUUCAUAUUCAAAUCCAUCUACCGGUAAGUGUAACACUUCGUUACUAAUAAGAAAAAUGUAUUGAGCAGUAUUUACAUGUAGCUAUUUUUUUAUCAACACAAAGGAAUAUUGGAAGGAUUGUUCCCAGUACAGUAUCCAUAUACAUGUACUUGAUAUACAUACAGUGUGUGUCAAUAAAAACGCAGGAUUCAAAGCGAUUUUUUUUCUGAGAAAAUUAUGCUACUGGUGUGCCUAAUUUGAUAAGGAUUUGAUUGUC